AUGGUUUUUAGAACUAUCUGGAGAAAUCGUAUUUUUGACAAAAACAUUGCUCAAUUUUUUUCUCAAAACCAGAUUUUGUUAGUUCUUAUCCUUUAAAAGAGUAAUGGGAGCGAUCUGUUUAUUUAUAUAGCGAUGGCCAUUUAUAAUGUUCGGGGGGGAUAGCCUCUCUUUAGCGCACUGGCUAACAACAUUGCCGCUAGGAACGCAUAAUUAAUGCAAGGUCAAACUCUGUAUGCUCUGUGUCUGUAUCUCUGUGCCAAAGGGUUCCGCCCACUGGUUCCGCCGCGAGUUCCAUAACUGUGUAUCUUAAACUGUGACGAAACUGUCGAAGCAUUUCUGGGCUGCUAUGAUCUAGUGGAUCAUCUAGAUCUACUCAGCCUUUUGUAGCAAAUGAUAUUGAUUGUGCCUCUGUUGUUUCGUUUCUGUUGACAAAAAAUACAACUCUAAAAUACUUGAUUAAAUUAAAUUCGGGAAUAUGGCAACGGCAGUCGAAACCCCGGAAGUGAGUGUAACUGGUCAACUUGUUCCCUUGAAAGAGAUUGAUAGAAUAAGAAAUGCUGUUUGCUUGUUGAAAUCAAAUACCAAAGACCAAAGCAAGUCAUGGAGUGCUUCUGGAUUUUAUGUAAAGGUGAAACUAAAAAAAGAAGAAAUUCAUUGCAUCAUGACAAAUUUUCAUGUAUUUCAAAAGAAACAGGAAAAUAGCGAUGAUAUGGUGGCUGUGUUUCAUCAUGAGUCAACUGAAAGCGAAUCUUUGGAACUUCUCCUUGUGCCGUUCAGAUUAUUUGCGUCAAGCAUGGUACUGGACUAUGUAUUGAUUCGAGUCAGAGAAAGCGACAUGAAAUCCAUAGGGGUGAAACCAAUACUGGCUGAUAGCAGUAGAUUACCAGAUGUCCAGGGUGGUAAUAUAGUGUGCAUUAUUCAACAUCCAGGAGGGAUGGAAAAGCAUUAUAGUCAUGACAAAGUCAAGCGUGUUAACAAACCAUUUAUAGAAUACAAUGCUGAUACAUGCGAUGGAUCUUCUGGAUCACCUGUCUGUAUCUUAGUUGAUUCAAAAUUGUUAUUGAUUGCAUUGCAUAGCUCUGGUUUUACUAAUGAUAGAGCUAAUAACCCAAGUGCUAAUUGGAAUAAAGGCGUGCUUCUUUCAGCUAUAUUGCAUCAUCUUCUCACUGGAGUAGUUCCAGAGCUUCCUACGCCCACACCUGGUGUUCCAGAUCAAAUGGAGAGUGGUAGUUUGACUGUCGGAGGUAAGAAAGAUCCUGCUAACAGAGUCACAAGAGAUGAUAUUGUUUGCAUAGCUCACGAUAUCAGCGGAGAGUGGAAGCAGCUUGGCAGAGCACUUGGACAUUCGGACAGCACUUUAAAAAUCAUUGACGCAGAUAAUGAUAAAAUAAAUGAAAUAUUAAAAUCCGAUGAAAUUCCAUGUUAGUUGCUCUGACUAAAGUGAACUCAGGGUUAAAACGUUGCGAAGUGAGUAAGAAUUUGACAUCACCUUGGACCACAAAUAAUAUAGAUACAGAGCUGAAACUACCAGGGGCAGGAAUAAACGGCACAGUGCCGUUAUUCAAAUUCUGUACAUGCAUGCGCGUAUCCACCAGUCAUUGGUAUCACAGUUAGAAUAUGCAUGGUUUGGAGAGUGGAGACAAUACCACUCAUUAACUAUGUUAUUGUCUAGGUUUAUGCAGAAAAUGGUUCUUUUCUCGUCACGUGUCUGUUGUAUUUUAGCCAAAUUUACCAAUGGCUUCCGUCUUACCACAGCUCAUAGUCUUGCUAAGCUCAACCUUGACUUGAAAAAUGUGUCAAUUAUAAGAUUACUAUUGGUUUAUCUGUGGCACAGACUGUGCAAACACUACCAAUAGACAUGUGAUGAGAAAGGAACAUCAACAAUUUUUUGCUAUGUGGUCUCCAAACCAUGUAUAUUCUAUUAACUGUGCUGGUAUCCACACGUUCCACCUCUAUAUAAAUAAUAUAACUGUCUGCUCCGUUGUACUGGUCUGCUCUGUGUAAAAUGUAAAUCCUAUUUCAGAAUAUUAUUAUUAUUAUUUAAUAUUAUUUAACAAGUUUAUUCAUGUUCCGGUAUUUUCAUCUACAGAAUCUACCAGAAGUAUUCAUAAACUAUUUUUUGACAAAUAAGCAAAUUCAUAAUCAUAACACAAGAAAUUCUUCAUUGAUACACAAAAAGAAUAAUAGAACAAACUAUACCAAACAUACCCUUGCCAAUAAAGGCAUAGAAGUAUGGAAUAAUCUUCCCACAAAAUAUAAAGAACCUAGGUCUUAUGCUUCCUUCAAAUCAAUAAUAAAAAAGUACUUUUUACAACUAGAUUUAACAAUAUAACAUGUUUUUGUAAAUAUAAUUAUGUAUAUGUAUGUAUGUGUAUGUAUGUAUGUGUAUGUAUGUGUAUGUAUGAAUGUAUGUAUGUAUUUAUAUGUAUCAUAAAAUACUUCUUUUCUUUUCCUUAUUAUCUGAAAAACACUUGAACUGACACGAGCUUAAAUUUAUUGAUAUAGCUUAAUAAACCUAGGGGCCUAAAGCAAAAGCCAUGUGGUUUCUAGUAGGCUCCUAGCCCAUUUCUUGUAUAUAUCUAUUCUUUGUAAAUGUCAUAUUUUUUGUUGUUGGGCGAA